AUGGACUUCGACCAUCCCUUAUCAACUGAAACGAGAAGAAAUUAUCCAACGACUACACAAAAUUUUUCAGAACGAGCUAAAAUCGCCGAAGAACUUACUGCAUUAAAUACAGCCAAUACAUCCGAUUCAAUAAUUGAUUAUGAUUUUACACCAUCUGCUUCUUUGUUACAUUCAAAUUCAUCUAAUUCAACGUCAAGAAAAAAUUCCAACAUUUAUUCUCGAAAUUCAAAUAGAGAUAACUAUCAUUAUAAUAAUAUUAAUUUAUCUAAUUCUUCGAAUCAACCACGUUAUAUUAAUAUAAUUUACGAUCAAACACCUUAUAAUUCACUUAAAGGUAUUGAACUUUCUCAUUUAUAUAAUAAAGGAACUAGUAUUCAAUCAUCACAAAAUUCUCAGCAACCACAGCAGCAUUAUAAUAAUAGUCAUAAAAAUAAUUUUUAA